GACGUUUUCUUUUCUUCUUUUUCCUCCUUUAGAUGUGGAUCCGAAGAAGCCUGGGUUCCCAUACUGCUCAUUUCCCAAAGCUUUCUUGCCAAUUCCAACUAUUCCUGUUCUUAACUCAACGUCUUGAGCCAAGAAUCGCUCAAAAAAUGUAAUCUCUUCUGCUAGCGAUGUAUUUCGAUUGAAAGGAAAAAAUUAAAGUAAAACCCAGAAAGAUGUAAAAUAUCUCGCACAACUUUUGGAAGGAUGUUCAGUAGUACCCAUCAACAAGGCCAAGUCUUCCCUCAGACCAACGCGUUCCCACCCUCCUCUUACCUACUAUUCCUUCCUUUAUGAAAAAGAUCAUACUUGACAGAGGGUAAAAACUUGUUGGUUGACCAUUUCCAAACAGUUUCUUCUUGUUUCUUUAUAGGCAGGACCUUUGCUUAUCCUGGAGCAAAAAGCCCAAAAAAGAGGAUACCAACAAAGCAAACCACUUACAAAAUUUUGGAAAAGAUACUGGAAAGAAUUGAAUUGGAUUUCUGGCUCUGCAAGUUUUUUUAAUUUUUUCUUAAUUUUUGUUAAUGCUAUGUUUGUUUACAGUUUAACAAAUGUUUCCAAAGCACGUUAUAGCAUUUUGCGCUUCCGUUAAAUUGUUUAGUGACAUUGCAUAACUGCGUAAUAUGGAUUUCCUAAGAAGAUGGAAACAAACACAGAUUGGAAAAUCAUUCGGUUUUCCCAUUUAUUCCAGUGAAAGGCAACUGAAUGUCAGCAUAGUAAUACUGAUUUUGUUACCAUUGUGAACGAACGUCCUUAUUCUGGAGACAAAGUUUUUGUUAUUCAUUAGAAGAUUGAUUGAACCUUUCGUAAUCAGGUUGCAAAAAAGUUUGGCAAAAAAGAACGAAAAAUAAGCAUUUUUUGUUGGUGUUGGUUGUACCUAGUCUUCACGACUUUCUACGGCUUUGGUCAUUUCGCUUACGUUUUGAUUGAUUUAUCAAAGGAGCAGUCUUUGAAAGCUGGAGAUUCAUUUUGAGAAUCUGCUUCUGGCAACGUUGGUUAAAGUACUUGUAUCCUGUGUCACACCUUCCAUUCCUCUCAGGAAAUUAUGUUUGAAUGGAUAGAUGUUCCGUUUGACUGGUUGGGCUCCUUGUUAGGUGUCCCCAGUGACAUGAUAAAAAUCCCAUUUUGUUUAUUGUCUUCCUAUCCGCUUUCAGGCACUCUCAAACGGUUGCCUCAAUCUCCUUUCCUCCGAAAUACAUUUUGCAUUCUCGUCGGUCUUUUCUACUUAAUCCCCGUUCAUCAUCUAACUGGUGGUACUUAUAUCCUCUUAUUUGAUGCUUUGUUUACUUACUUUACUGCUACAUUGGUCCGCACUUCGUAUAUGCCAUGGAUGGUUUUUGUUGUAAUCCUCAGCCAUACAUUCUACAGUCAUGUUUGUCGGUACUUCUAUCCUUCAGGUGGUAGCGACAUUACUGCAUCCCAAAUGGUGCUUUGUAUGAAGUUAACCGCCUUUGCAUGGUCUGUGCACGAUGGUCGUCAACCUGAAAAUGUUUUGUCGGAUUACCAAAAGCAACGUCGUUUAACAAAAAUGCCUAGUCCUUUUUUCUUUCUUGGUUAUGUGUUUUUCUUUCCUUCUCUUUUGGUUGGUCCGGCUUUUGAUUAUGUUGAUUAUGAGCAUUUUAUCACCUUGAGCAUGUUUGAUCGUCCCCAAGAUCCAUUAGAACAACAAAUUACUCCCCACAGUCUAAGACCGGCUCUGGGUCGCUGCUGGCGUGGUGCUCUUUGGCUCCUUGGAUUUCUUUUUGGUACGUCUUUAUUUCCUCUUAGUUUUCUUUUGAGCCCCCAAUUUGCCUCCUUUUCCUUGCUGAAAAAGUACGGUUAUGUUAUACUCACGGCUUUUAUCGCUCGUAUGAAAUAUUACGGUGCUUGGGAAUUGUCUGAUGGUGCAUGUAUCCUCUCUGGGAUCGGUUACAAUGGCGUAGACGAAUUAAAGCGUCCACGUUGGGAUCGCGUCAAAAAUAUCGACCCCAUUGGAUUUGAAUUUGCUAGCAAUAUCAAGGGGGCCUUGGAAGCCUGGAAUAAGAAUACAAACAAAUGGCUUCGCAAUUAUGUCUACUUGCGAGUUGCCAAGAAAGGAAAGCGCCCUGGAUUCAAGAGUACAUUAAGCACCUUUACAGUUAGCGCCCUCUGGCAUGGCGUCUCUCCUGGUUAUUACACGACUUUUGUUUCUGCUGCGUUCGUUCAAACUAUUGCCAAGUAUCAUCGAAGAUACAUUCGUCCCUUUUUUCUUCAACAAGACAUGAAAACGCCUAAUUCAUUCAAAAAAGUCUACGAUUUCGUCGGUGUAGUCGCAACAAAUAUCACCGUUUCUUAUUUGAUCAUUUCAUUUCUUCUUUUAACAUUGAGCGAUUCCAUUUAUGUUUGGAGCAAACUACGCUUUUUGAUCCAUAUAUAUAUUGUAUUGUCUAUGGUUGUUUUCCAUAGCCCCGUCAAGGCGAAAUUAAACAAAGAAAUUAAGAAGCGGACAGAAAAAGCAGAUUUUGACAAGUACGAUGCCAAAACGAAUUUCUCCGAUACGGAUAUUGUAAAUAUGUCCAUUCCUGAUGCAGAGAGUUUUGCUCAUUCCACAUUUACUACUAAGUAAUGCUUAUUACAUUGUUACAAGAAAAAUAUGAAGGCAUGGCAUGACUCCAUGAGACGCUCGCUCUUCGUAUGAAAAAUCCUCGAAUUCCACGCUGGAUUCGCUUUCGCUUUAAGAAAAAUUGAAAGUAAUGUGUUUACGAUUGACAUAAAAAUGUAUGACUUUAAUAACUUCAUUCAUGAAUCUAUGAUGACUUGGUG